AUGGCAGCAAACACAACAACAAGCGCAGUGCGAAUAGCAAGACGCUUGCAUAUCUCAUCGUCGCAGCCACUCAGUAGCAGAACUACAAUUGCGCAAGCUACUGCUGCGCGACAGCAACCAUUUGCCUCUUUCUCAGUCUCGCCGACAAUACAAAAAUCACAGCAAUCUUUCCGCGAUGCACCCCGGAGGCUACAGCCGCUUGGAGAGCUGCCAGCCCUAUGUACCACAUUCACUCCACUCCCGCCACUAAUACACAGCGGUCGGAGAUACGCAACGGACACCCACAACAACAAGCCAACCGGCCAAACAAAUCACGACAGAAAUCACCACCAAGGACGCGAUAAAUCAAACAGCAGCUCUCAUGAUGGCCCCAGACGCAACGACCAGGGCAAGUUCACCCUCUACGCUGGCGUGAGCCUUGUGUCUGUCCUUCUUGCCCUCUCCCAACCGUUGUCCCUCGUCCACAUCGGCCACCACGACGAGCACGACAGCGGACACACCCAUGAUGGCUCAAAGGAUAUCAAUACGAGCGAUGCGCCGCCUCCACCGCCGCCCUCUACCAGCGGUGAUCAGCGGGAUCCUUCGCUGCCGCGUUUCCGCCUCGCCGACGUCCGCAAACAUGACGCCAACUCGGGUAGCCCCUGGGUCACGUCUGGCGACAAGGUCUAUGACAUUACCGACUGGGUUGCAGCGCACCCGGGCGGCGAUGUCAUCCUACGAGCCGCCGGCCACUCCAUCGAUCCGUACUGGGCCAUCUUUACCAUCCACAAGGCGCCCCAUGUCCGGGAAAUCUUGGACAGCUACCUCAUCGGUUUCGUCGAUAUGCUCGACCUAGACACCAGCGGCCAGCCCAAGAUUGCCGCCGGCGAGGCCGUCGAGGACCCGUUUGCCGACGAUCCGACGCGUGAUAAACGGCUCGUGGUCUUGACCCAAAAACCAUGCAAUGCCGAGCCCGCGCCUCCCCAGCUUGCUCGCGACUUUGCCACGCCCAACGAGCUGUUCUAUGUACGCAACCACAUGUGGGUCCCAGUCGUCGAGGGCGCCGAGGCCGACCAGCACAAACUGACAGUCGAGCUGCCGGACGGCGACGUGCGCGCGUACACGCUAGACGAACUUCGCACGCGGUUUCAGCCGCACAAGGUGACGGCCGUGCUGCAGUGCUCGGGCAACCGACGGAGCGACAUGACGCGGGCAGUGGGCAAGACAAAUGGUCUGCAGUGGGGCACCGGCGCCAUCAGCAACGCCGUGUGGGAGGGUGUGCUUCUGCGGGAUGUUUUGGCUGAUGCCGGUCUUCGCGCAGCUCGAAUCGAUGGUCGGCCAAAGGAAGAGCAUAAAAACAACAACGACAACGACGACGACGACGUACCACCCGACGGCUUGCACGUCCAGCUUACCGGCAUGGAAGCCUAUGCCGCCAGCAUCCCGCUCCCGACGGCGCUCGACCCGCGCGGCGAGGUCUUGUUGGCCUAUGCCAUGAACGGCGAGCCCUUGCCGCGCGACCACGGGUACCCGCUGCGCGCCAUUGUCCCUGGUUUCGUGGCCGCCCGGUCUGUCAAAUGGCUGUCCAAGAUUGUCGUGUCGGACGAGGAGUCGCCGAGUCAGUGGCAGCGCCGGGACUACAAGCUGUUCGGCCCCAACGAGGGCGCUGCGCCCGACUGGGAUCGGUACCCGGCAAUCCAAGAGAUGCCCGUGACGAGCGCCAUCACGGGCGUAUGGGUCGGCCAGAGCGCGAUCAACAAGGCGAUCAAAGACGGCAGUCUCCCGCAGAGGGAGACACCCACACUAUCACCCGGGCUAGGCAGCCGUGCCGCACCUGGCGUGCGCGACCUGGCGGCGUGGCAGGCAGAGUGGAAGCAGCAGCACGCCAGCCCCAAGGACAAGGACGCGACGCCCGUCACAGCCACCGGCUACGCCUACUCAGGCGGCGGCCGCGAGAUUGUGCGCGUGGACGUCAGCGUCGACGGCGGCCGCACGUGGGACCAGGCAACGCUGCUGGACCAGAAGCAGGCCCACUACGACGACGAGACCGACCGCCAAAAGGGCAACAUUGUCGCCCGCGGCCGGCGCGACUUUGCCUGGAAGCGGUGGCGGUACGACGGGCUGCUGCUAGGCGGCGACGCGUCGCCCGCCGAGGUUGUCGUCAAGGCCACCGACAACGCGUACAAUACGCAGCCGGAGCGGCACGACGGGAUUUACAAUGUGCGCGGCAACCUGGCGACGGCGUGGCACCGGGUGGCCAUUGAACGAAAUGGACGUAAGGAUGCUGUCCUGCACGGCUGCGGUUUUGACAAGGAGUGCAAGAAGUAG